UGCGGACUCUCAGCUCUUCCCAGGGAAAUUAUCCGUUGUUGAAAGUCACAUGCACUCCGUUAUAUCUGACGGGUUCGAUUCCCUGAGACUUCCACGGCCUGAAUAAUCGGAUUUCGGCACUCGUGAAGAAUUCGAAUGGGUGUCGUGAUUGUUCAUAUGGUACCCUGCUCGGGUCCCGAAGCUCUGCAGUCAACUGCGGACAAUCUCUGUCGCAUGAUCGAACGAAUCGGCGGUCAGAGAGACGGUGUAUUCUGCGUAGACUGUGAAACCUAUUUCAACACCUCCAUGGGGAGAACUCAGCAUGUUCUCCAUGACAGCGAGCACCCUGCUUCUGUAUUCUCGCUGCUGGAGUCCGGCCUCUGUCUGGUGGCGGAUGCCAAUUUCGACAGCCUUAUGAAUAAGCUCACUCCUCAGCUGUUCACGACGAAAAUGGGCACCAAGGUCGAAUGCAAGGGACCCCGAUAUCAGGUGGAAGACUUCGUCCUGAAGGUUGGCACCGUGACGAUCGGAACUUCGGCGCGUGGUCUCCUAGUGGAAUGCGAGUAUCAACCAUGCCCUGUCACUGCCUCGUGCUGGGAGCUCAUGCGUGAGCUCAUGGAAUCUCUCUUGGGUGUCCCCCUCAACCAGCCUGGUCCGUAUCUCGCUCUCCGUAUGAGAGAGAUCUACACCCCAGUGGACACAAUCCAGCAGUACAUGGAACACUUCAAUGUCCUGCGAAAAUCAAAUCCGGUUCAGGCUGUGUCAGCACCUGCUUCGGGACAGAGUGGCGGACAGACAAAUCAAAACGCUCAAACACCGACUUCCAAAGGCUGA